AUCCAGCUUCAGCUCUCUUAGCAACGGAUUUUGCCAACACCUGAGCGGAGUGGAUAGGUGGUCAGGAGAGUCGCCAGAAUGAAGGUAUCAAUGCCCCUGCCUCAGAUAUACGUGGAAAAAACGCUAGCUCUUAUCAAGCCAGACAUUGUUGACAAAGAAGAGGAGAUACGUGAUAUUAUUCUCAGGUCUGGCUUCACCAUUGUUCAGAGACGAAAGCUACACCUCAGCCCUGAGCACUGCAGUAACUUUUAUGUGGACCAGUACGGGAAAAUGUUUUUCCCAAACCUAACAGCUUACAUGAGCUCUGGACCUCUUGUCGCGAUGAUAUUAGCCAGACAUAAUGCCAUAUCUUACUGGAAAGAACUUUUGGGACCAGCCAAUAGUUUGGUAGCCAAGGAGACACACCCGGACAGCCUAAGGGCGAUUUACGGUACAGAUGAACUGAGGAACGCACUUCAUGGGAGCAAUGACUUCCCCGCCUCAGAGAGAGAGAUUCGGUUCAUGUUUCCAGAAGUGAUCACCGAACCCAUUCCAACUGGAGUAAUCGCUAAGGACUAUUUAAAUUUGUACGUAACACCAACCCUACUUCAAGGACUCACGGAGCUUUGUAAGCAAAAGCCAGAGGAUCCUUUUAUUUGGCUAGCUGAUUGGCUGCUGAAAAAUAAUCCCAACAAACCCAAACUUUCUUAUUUCCCAGGACCAGAAGAGCAUUAGCACGCUGUGCAGAGCAAGUGGCAGAUUGUCUUCCUGUCAAAGCUGUGCACCUACCUCUAAAAGAAACU